AUGACUCCACGUCCGAGCUUCCUGAAAAUUUACUUUCAUUUGGAUGUUGCGACCGUAUUGAACAUUAUCAACGGAUCUAUAUGGGGAGUGCUUGCCCGUAAAGGGUUGACUGUUUUAACCACGUAUAGCGGAAGUUAUCUUGGAGGUCUUAUUUGGGCUAACUUCACUGCUUGUCUUGUUAUGGGAUUUCUCGUUCACAGCUCAAGGAUUUGGCGAACCUCUCUUGAUGAUAAAUAUUACAGCACUAAGGCUCAGAUACCUAUAUACGCUGGUAUUGCUACUGGAUUUUGUGGUACUUGUUCCUCUUUCUCAUCUGUAUUCUUAGAAGCUUUCAAUAAGUCUGCCAAUACUUUACCCAGCUCAUCAUACAUAUAUCCUAAUAGUGCUUAUGGAAUCAUGGAAUGCAUUGCGGUUCUAAUUGCCCAAUUGGGGCUUUCUUGCAGCGGGUUUCUUAUGGGAAAGCAUCUUUGUGAAGCCUUGGAUAUCUUUAGUAUUCCAAUCCGAUUAUAUAAGUUUUUGGAACUCGGAACAUCAAUCUUAGGAAUAGUUGCUUAUAUCAUUGCCAUAGUGUUGAUUGGAACCGAAAAGUCCUGGAGAUCCUGGACUUUUGCCAUUUUCUUUGCUCCCUGGGGGGCAUUACUUCGUUUUUACUUAUCGAAAUAUUUGAAUGGUAAAUUCAAAAAAUUUCCUCUAGGGACAUUCACUGCUAACAUAUUGGGGACCCUACUACUAGCUGUGUUCACCUUGUUGUCUCGAGGCAAAAGCAUUUCUACAAGUUCCCAUCCAAUUGUCACCAAAUUGAUUGGAUGUCACGUUUUGGCAGGAUUGGACGAUGGCUUCUGCGGUGCUCUCACCACAGUGAGCACAUUCGUCUCCGAAUUGUUCUUCUUAGGAACUCUUCACAGCUAUGUCUACGGAUUUGUCUCCUCGGUACUUGCGUACGUCAUCAUGAUAUUACUUUUAGGCUCUUAUAAUUGGACAAUAGGCUUAAUGGAUCCUGUGUGCACUUAGUGUCUUCAUUUUUUUCCUUCACUUCUUUCUUAAUCUUAUCACUUUGAUAAUACACCUUAAUCUUAUCACUUUGAUAUUCUUCCUUCUUAAUUUCAUCAAUUAAAUAAACUUUCGG